GAAAGGAAAAUCUAGCCGAACAUCCUGCAGUGGCGAGAGUGAAGCGGUUGCAGUGCAGUUGCCGAGCCGAUUGGUGCCGGUGUGCAGCAGAGAUGUCGCCAACCAACCUUUGAUCUCUCUGGGCCACUUUUGCACCAUGAAUCUGUGAUAUUCGGCCGGCUGCGAUGGAGGAGUGCUACUACUGGUUCAUCAUCGGCGCCUUGCUGCUGAUUUUGCUCCUCUACUCCACUCUCGAGCUUCACUACUUCCUCAGGACCAUCCUCUGUAUCGCGAUUGCAAAGCUGUUCAAGAAGAAGGUACACAUCCUAGACACCACAACUGUAACAGGUGUUUGCUUGACAAACGACGUGGACACGCUACUCUUCCACAUGAACAACGCUCGAUACCUUAGGGAAUUGGACUUCGCCAGAGUGGACUUUUACGAGAGGUCAGGACUCUACAGGGCGAUCAAAUCCAAAGGUGGCGCCGUCGUUCAGGGCGCGUGCACCGUUCGCUACCGCCGCUUCAUCAAACCCUUCUGCAUUUACAAAAUUGAAUCCAAGAUUGUUUGUUGGGACGACAAAUCUGUUUUUAUGGAGCACCGCUUCAUCACGCCAAAAGACAAGUUCAUCAACGCAAUCGUCGUCUGCAGGCAGAGAAUAAUCGAUUGCAAUGCUGAAGAGGUGAUGAAGGAUUUGCUCGGCAAAGCCCGCGGGUGCAAGAAGCCGAGCGCCGACAUCGCCGUCGAGUCUCCCUUCGAGCGCCCUGAAGUGCCUGCGCACAUUCAGAAGUGGAUCGAGUUCAAUGAUCUAUCAAGUGCGAAUCUAAGAAAAAACGAGUGCUGAAAUACUUCCAUGAUAGUUGUGAUUCUAGACAUACUUAAAAAAUUAUUGCACAGGGGCUUUUUUGCUUAAAUAAAUUGUAAAAUGGUAUUUUUGGUUGUAUUUAAGUUUGUUCCGCUCUCUUGUGAUUUGUUUUUACUCUUGCCAGUUUUAUUUAGUGCACAUUAGUAUUUAAAGUAAAGCUUUACAGAAACAUCCCUAGAAAUAAAAUCGAAAACGAGAGGGAUCGAAAUGAAGCGAAAAAAAUCGAGAAAUUUGGCAAAUUCUGUUCCUCAGUCCAGAUUUUAAAGACGAAAAAAGGCUUGCUAAAUUUCGCAAACUGCUUAUUGAUCUUAAUUUUUGGCCUGUAAAGCUUUACUUAAUUAAAUUUACGACCCUAUUUAAGAAUUAAAAAAUCGUUACCUUCUUAAAGAAGCCCUAUCGCGACUGACAGUUUUUCCUAUUGUUUGUAUAUUCGAUUUCCUUUUUCCUACUGCAACAUACAUAUUAAACAAAAUAGGCUGAACCUUCAAUACAUGU